UCGUGCGCGUGAACGCGAAUCGUGAAAACUGUACUCCAGUCAGUCGUUGUUGCUCGUCUCAUAGUAAAGUGAGAAGUGAAUAAUAGCAAAAAUGUCGGCUGCAGAGCUUAAUCCAAGACCCGUCCGGGUUUCACCCCUUAUCAAGUUUGGUCGCUGGAGCUUUCUUGCUUUGGGAGUAGCAUACGGAGCAUUCCAUCAAAAUAGACUUAGCAAAAGAGAAACUGCUCGACGAGAGAUAGAAGAAAGAGAGAGACCAGCUCGUGAAGCUAGACUUGCUGCAGAAAAGAAAAUUGCUGCUGAUGCUGAAUUGAAAGCUCUAGAACAAAUGGCCAAGUAAAUUGUGAAACUCUUCAGUAAUCAAUAGUAUCUUUGAAAUGAUUUGUUUUAAAAUGCUAAUUUUUGUUAAGUUCAAUCUUGAAGUAAGAUGAAAAAUUAUAAAUAAAAAGCAGUGAUUACACUAAAAA